AUGCACGCUAUGGAAGCACCAGGGGACAGUGAUUCUCCGAAGGCAGGUGUUCACGACAAUUUCUGUGGAUGCAAAACAGAAACAAAGCUCAUGAGCCAAGGCCCACAAGGUUGCACAUCACCAAUACUUACAUAUGAAUCAAUCAAAAUGACAAACACCGUAUACUACACUGGCCUCCUUUUUGAAGAACACCGUCCCCGGUGUACCAUGGCCUACGUGAACCGGCCGGUGCUAGUGGUGUGGUGCGUUAAGCUGCUGAGCGUGUGCAGGGGUUGCUGUAUCUGGGGCUGCGUCUACCGUGUGAGUGAGCAACGUGCUAGCUCUGAGGCCAGUAUGCACAUGUGA